CAAUCAAAAAAAAAAAAAGAACAGGGAUUUGUGUGUAAUAUAUGUCAUGAAAUGACAAUGACAGAUCAUGAAGAAUUUUUUGCUUACACUCGAUUUUGGCCGGAACAAUAUAAGCUUCUACUAAAGCUAGUAACUCCAUAUUUAAAAAAGUAUAGUUUUCGUAAACCUUUGUCACCCAAUGUACGGCUAGCCAUUACCUUGAAGUAUCUUGCCCAAUGCGAUACUUUGCGCAGUAAACAUUUGGAAUAUCGUUGUGGAAAAUCAACAGUGCACAAAAUUAUACCAGAAGUUUGCAAUGCCAUAUGGCUUGCUCUUCAACCGAUUGUUUUACCCACAUUAAAUAGUGAAAAUUGGAAGGAAAUAAGCAAAAACUUUUUUCUUAAAUGGCAAUUCCCAAAUUGCAUUGGGGCACUUGAUGGUCGCCAUAUGGAAAUAGAAGCACCACCAUGUUCAGGAUCUGAAUUCUAUAAUUAUAAAGGAUAUUUUAGCAUCGUUCUCAUGGCGAUGUGUGAUGCCAAUUACAAGUUUACAUGGGUUGAUAUUGGCCAACAUGGUAAAUAUUUUUUAUUCAAUAUAAACCAUCAUUAUCUACUACGCAUUGAGAAGUGGUUAAGCGAUGGUGGUGUAUGGAGUAGGACAGAUUUGGCAGUUGAUUUAGAAAAUAGUACGGCAAGCUUACCAGAACCUACACCUUUACCAAACAGAGAUGUUCCGUUCCCUUAUUUUACUGUGGCUGAUGAAGCAUUUCCUCUGAAACCAUAUUUGAUGCGUCCUUUUCCAAGAAAAGUAGACAGGAUGACAAACGAAGAGCGAAUAUUUAAUUAUCGAUUAGGGCGAGCAAGAUUAUGUAUAGAGAAUGCGUUUGGAAUUCUUAGCUCUCGAUGGAGAAUCCUACAUAGAAAAAUGUGUUGCUCAGUACAAAAUGCAGAAAAGAUUUGUAAAGCACUUGUUUGUUUACACAAUUUUGCAAUGAGUAGUAAUGAUAGCAAUGGCCAAUAUUGUCAGCCUGACUGGUGUGAUGUGGAGAAUGAUGAAGGAAUAAUAAUAGAAGACCGAUGGCGUACUAUAGGAGCUGGUCAAUACUUUAAAGAACUGUCACGAAUAGGAGCUAACAGAGCUGGUGCUAUUUCUUUAGGUUUAAGAAAUUAUUUAAAAGAUUAUUUUAUGUCGCCUAUUGGUAAUGCUCAAGCACCUUGGCAAUUUAAAAGAGCAUUAAGAGGAUAUAACAUCAAUCUACCUGAUGACGCAUUUGUUCGAUUAUUUUCUGGAGAUGUCACAAUAUUUACAGAUAAAGACAAUGGAUCUUCAGCAUAUGCAUAUGUCUCAAUGACAUCUGAAUGCUUAUUAACAUAAUCUAAAAUACCAAUAAUAAGAUAUUAGAACAUCAAA